AUGAGGACACUUCUCUUCACCAUUUUGGCCAUUGGACCAGCCCUUGGGUACAAUAUCCUUUGCAUUCAUAAGGUUCCAACGAAGAGUCAUUACCACCUCCUCAAAGGAAUAGUACAACCAUUACUGAAGUCUGGUCAUCAGGUGACUUUAAUCACAUCCUUUCCCGAUUCCAAACCCACUGUGAAUCUCACCUACAUUGAUGUCAGUACUACAAUAAAAUUUUUUGAAGACGAAUUCAGUAAUAAUCCGAACCCAGACACGAGUCUCCCCUCCGUGCUGAGUUUUGCACGGAAACUAACGGAAAAACUAGCGGAGAUGCCAGCUGUCGCCGAGGUCAUAGUCAAGGGGCAGUUCGACGCAGUUGUCACCGAAUUCUUUUUCUCUGAUCUUGAUUCCGGGAAGUUCUUCCCAAUCCAAGAAGAAUCGUACAAAAAGCAUUUCGGUCCGCUGGCCAGCGCCAGAGGCAUUGCCCUGCCUCCCUUCGAAGAAGCAUACACCAACGUAUCUAUAUUAUUCUCGAAUUCUCACCCCACCUUCGCACCAGGAAAGAGUCUACCACCCAACGUUGUGGACAUCGCUGGAUUCCACACCGGUGCCACUGUUCAACCGCUGCCAGAGGACCUGCAGGAACUUCUGGAUUCUUCCAGUCAAGGCGUAAUCUACUUCAGCAUGGGUUCCGUGGUGAAGUCUUCGCAACUCAUCGGAAAGGCCAGAAAAGACCUGAUAGAACUGUUCGGGAGUAUGAAGCAGACCGUCCUCUGGAAAUUCGAUGAAGACAUUCAGGGCCUGCCCAAGAACGUCCACAUCCGAAAAUGGAUGCCACAGUCUAGUAUACUUGCGCACCCCAACCUUAAAGUAUUUAUUACGCACGGCGGUCUCCUCAGUAUAAUAGAGUCGCUGCAACAUGGGGUGCCUUUACUGGCCAUACCCAUGUUCGGAGACCAGCCCGGUAAUGUCUACCGCAGUGUUGCCGCUGGUCACGCGCUAAAGGUCGACUUUUCACCAGAUAUGGCUCUGGAAUUGAAGAAGGCACUGCAUGAAAUGUUAAUUAAUGAUAAAUAUCAUAAUAAGGCGAAAUUCCUCUCAAAUAUGUAUAAGAAACGGCCGACACCUCCGUCAGAGCUGAUAAAGCAUUACAUUGAAAUAGCUAUUGAGAGCAAAGGUGCGUAUCAUCUCCGUUCUCCCGUCAAACUUUACAAGUGGUACGAAUUGUGGAUGCUGGAUGUAAUUUUAGCUGUUUUGUUUAUUUUGUGCAUGGUAUACUAUGUAAUUAAGACAAUUAUCAAAUUCGUGAUACAAAAAUUUUGCUCUAGUAAAAAGAAAACUCAGUAA